GUAGUAAAACUACUACUUCAAGAGUUGCAAGCGAAGAAAGUUCUUCAUCUAGUGGUGGAUCAAGCAUGAUGAAACAAGCCUUAUUAGAGCCGGAAGAUAAGAUAGCUAUUGAAGAACUUUAUAAAAAUUUAAAUCCGAUGAACAUGUGGAAAUUAUCAUCUGGUACAAUAGUCGAAAAAAAAAAUGGAACAAUUUGCUCUAGCUUGCACCUUCGAACAUCCAUGUCAUUCCCUCAUUCUUGACAGCGGAGAUCAAUGCUGGGAGACAGUGUUUACAAAAGAGGAUUUGAAUGAGAUCAAAACAUUCAAGUUGAAACGAUUACCAAAUUUACCUACUGAUUUGGAAAAUUACUUUAACUCAUUGCUAUUACUCUCAACAGAAAACGACUUAGACAAAUUGUAUACUAACGUGAAGGCUGCCAAUUUCCACCCUAGAAACGAUAAAGCUUUAGCAUGGGCACAAACAAUUGUUCUAAAUACGAUAAAGCUCUUUAUGUCCAAUUACUUCCCUCUCAGUGACCAAUCUGAAGCGGAUAUCCUACGCCGUAUCUGGUUAUUAAUAGACACUGUAUUUGAUUAUUCUGCAAUCAAAUCAAGAAGUGGGGAGAAAUCAAGUACUUCUUCAUCCUAUGGACUGAACGUUGCACGAACUAUCGCAAAUAUCAACCAAGCUGCACGAAAGUUAAUGGGAAGAAAAGUGGACAUGGUAUAUAAACUUCAACCUAAUGAAUAUGGAUGUAUGGAAUGUGGGAAAGACGAAAACAAUAGUACAAAAGAACUCUCUGAUGGCAUGUUCAAAAUUCCGAUCAUUAUGAAAGACAUGUUUAAUAGUCUUGCAAAGAAAACACCGUCAUUAGUAAACGAUAUCACCAUCUCAAGCUUGAUGAUCAUGGAAACUAAAAUUUCACUAAUUAUCAUGGACUCACCAGGGGGUAAUGUAUGCCGCAUAAGCAGGCUUAAGCCUUUAUAUUUUCCCGUUUCCUCCUUAAAUUUUAUGAGUUCGCUUGUCUCUAUAAUGAAAUUGGUAUAUACAGCUCGAUUAAACAUGGAAAAAACGCACUUAUUGAUUUCAAAAAACGAGUCAGCACUUGAGUAUGAUCUUGGAGAAGAUCCUCCCAUUCCACCCACUUUUCACAAGAAUUCAAAAAGAAAACGAGACUUUGCUUAAGAUGACAAUCAUAAAAGUAUCACCGAAGGACUUGAUACUGCUAGUAAUGCAUAGUAUGUUUUAAUUUUAUUUUUUAUACUUAAGAUAUCCAAUGUCAUAUCCAACCAACCUUAUAUCCAAUAAAUUAUAUCGAUGGGAUCUACAUCCCUUUUUGUAGAUUGCAUAGCGAUUUUCAAACAAAGGCAGUAUGAAUUAUUUAUUGUAUAAUCUCUAGUGACAUGAGUGCUUACAAAAAGUAAUAUUUAAGAAUGAGUGUGGGCUGAUUAUUGCCGAGAUACUGUUCUACAUACAUAAACUCAUCCAAAUUAGCAGCGCUGGCAUUGGUAAGCGGAGUCUCGUUCCGCAACAAUGAUAAAAGCUAACAAGAUAUUUGCUAAGAACUGACUAACAAG